CUGAGGCCGCGGGCCGAGCUGGUUGUUACAGAAAAAUGCAUUUGGAAUGAUAACUUGUGUUUGCUGAGCUGAACUACAAAGAUCUCAUGCUUUGGAGAUGAAGAUGAUAAGCACAAAGAAAUAAUCCAGCUUCUGCUGCUGUGAAUAUUGAAAGGUCCUUUGUGUCAAAAUGAGCAGACUUUGAGAAGAAUCUGGAAAGCUGCUAAAUCUAAAAAAUGGGAGAAAGGGUCAGGAGCCCGGAUUCUGAGCAAGACAGAAGAUCAGAUGAGGAUAGAAAUAGUGACUCUUAUUAUUCAGAUGAAGAUAAUGCAUCCCAUUCAUCUGACCGUUCACCUACUCUAAGCUAUCCAUCUACAAGCCAUGAAAAGCAAGAUCACAAAACAAGAGCUUCAGACAGUCUUAUGCACUACCAAGCCACAAAGAAGUUGGGUUCCAAAUAUGCACCAAGCAAAAGAGGGACACAAUGGGGUUUGCGUUCUCAAAGCCUCACUAGGGAUUCUCCUGCGAAAGAUAUAGAUCUUGUUACAAAGAGAGUUCUUUCUGCUAGGCUGCUGAAAAUCAAUGAGCUCCGAAAUGAACUGACCGAACUCCAUAUCAAACUGGAUGAGCUGCAGAAGGAAAACAGGGCACUGAGGAGGCUUCAGCACAGGCAGGAGAAAGCCUUGAAUAAGUUUGAAGAUACAGAAAAUGAAAUCUCUCAGCUCAUUGCUCAACACAACAAUGAGAUUAGAAUAUUAAGGGAGCGCCUACGAAAAUCUCAAGAGAGGGAACGUGCCACUGAGAGAAGGCUGAAAGAUUCAGAAGAUGAACUGUACCGAACAAAAACUGUCUUGCAGAAACUGAAAAAGCUGUCUGCAGAUAAACACCUCGCUGAGAGAGAUGACCUGGCUAAGAAACUAGCCUAUGCAGAGAGCAGACUAGAGGAGAGUGAAAAAAGAAUUAAGGAUCUGGAGAAAAAUCUUGAAUUAAGUGGUAGCAGUUUUCAACGAGAGUUACAGUUGAAGAAAAAAAAGGUGCUUGAAGCACAAGAUAAAAAUAGAGCUCUCCAAGAAGAGCUUCUUCAACUAAAUCAGAAGCUGAAGGAAAAAGAAAGAGAACUUGAUGCAAAAAAUAUAUAUGCUAAUCGUAUGCUGAAGGUAUCGCCAAAAAAAGGCAUGGAUGUUAUUCAAAGAAAGAAAGCAAACAACCAAAAUAUCAAAAAAGGAACACAGCUCACGAAAGGAAUACAGACCAGUGGACGCUUCUCGUCUGUAGAACUCCCUCCAGAAUCAGAGUUGGACUGUGGUGAUGCAGUAGAUAAGAAAGAGAGAAUUCUUUCAAGAAUAGAAAAAGAACUUCAAAACAAAGAAUGGAAAGAGCAAACAGACCUCCUAGAACAAGAGCAAGACAGAGAAAAGGAAGAGAAGCUGAAACGUGUUCAGGAACCACAGACUUCAGAGGAGAGGUUUCAAAAGCUACGUGAUGAGUGGGAAAAGGAAGAAUGUGACAAAGUGGAAAAGGAAAGCAGCUUUUUAUUGAAUAAAGAAGAUAAAACAAAGAUGGAAACAGAAAUACACAAACCUGAAACAGAGACAGAAAGUUCUGAAAUGCUGGAAGAACGUCGAAAAAGUGAAUUUCUGCUUGCCAAAAUGAAUGAAAUUGAUAGAGAAACUCAAAAUGUAAUGAACGUGAAACUUGCUUCCCAAACAUCGUUUGUAAACGCGUUGAGAAAAUCUGAUUCUCCAGAAAAGAAAGAAAAAAAUGGUCAAAUGUUUGAAAUUCCAGGGAAGGUCACAAAUGGGUUUCCCCAAGAGGACAGCCAGGAGGAUGCCACAAGAACACAAGGGCUGAAGCAGCGAAAUUUAAGGACUGUAGACUUAAGUAAUGAGUUAACAUUUGGUAGUUAUGUACCUUCCUUUGGAAAAGUAUCGGGGAGACCCAGUUGGCUUAAUCAAAAAGAUGACUCUUCAGAAGAAAAUGUGAAGGAAAAUGCAGAUUUCCAUAGUAAGAAAGAAAAGAAGUCCAAUUUAAUGGAACAACUCUUUGGAAGCAGUGCCAGUACCAUCCUCCUUCCUAAAAGUAAGGAUAUGAAAUCUUUUGACAUAGAUUGGGAAUCUAGUAAUGCCCUUCUUGAUAAAAACAGUAAAAUCAAAGCAAAGGAAGACAAUGAUCUUUUCAGUGAAGGAAGAAACCUAAACAGGCACCGUCCGCAACACGGUGGAAGCAAGCCAGCUUUUAAAACUCUGGGUUCUUUAGAAGAUGAGAUUGAAGAAGUAGUCUUACAAUGAUCAUAUUUUAUAUUUUUCAUAUGUGAACACCAAAUAAAUAUUUUCACAUAAUAUUUAUUAGAUACAGAUUUGAAAUAUUUCAGAUGUAAAGCCUUAUGAAGGAGUAAUUUACUUAAAUGGAUAUAUUUGUUCAGAGGAAAGAUGCGCUCUGGUAGAUCAGCCUAAGCUACAAGCAGGAAAUUUGUUUUUAAAAAUAACAUCUAAAUAGAGGCUGGGAAGAUCUGGUAGUGACUAUUUUGGCAGUAAGACAGUGAAGCAGUCCUGAGGGACUUGCUGAUAGGUGAGAUAGUGACUAGCUUGCCACUUAAGUCAGAGAAGACGUACUUGGCCCUACCUUGGCUCUGGAUCAAUGGUUUCUGUUGCCACAUGGUGCCAUCUGACUUAUGUGGCUGUGGCUCAUAGUGCCAGUCUUGUUAGCGCAGUGCUGGUAGGGAUGCUGUAGGAAGGGAAGGUUUUACAAAGGCUUACAGUCAUGCGCACCUUUCACCUACAUGCACUCACAGACAUUUUGUGCUCUCUUGCUGACUUUUGCACACAGUCUUUAUCGCUCUCUUAAUUAUCGAGACUUAUGUGUCAUCUGUGAUAGAUCAGUUAAACCGUACUUCUCACAAAGGAGAAUUAUUUAUGACAGAGUUAGCUGGCUGAGAAAGUAAUGGGCUUUUAAGUGGCAGCGUUGGCAUUCAGAGCAGCUGGUAGGUGCGCAUCUCUGGCUAGCCAGUGUAGGAGGUAUAUUUUUUUACCUGUAGGCUGCUCACCAUACACUACUUUUAGUUUGGUUUACUUCUUUUAAGCUUCAGUUUGCUUUCUCAGGCAUUCAGAGAGCCUGUAAACUGUAUCAGGAAAAGGCGUAUGUAACAUCAAUGUCAUGAAAUUGAUAGAAGAGACUUAACUUGCACAAAGCCUCGGGUGGAAAGAGAAUACUCUACACUGCAAUCGUGUUAUCUCAGAAGAACCUCAACAGAAAUACAACUAACUCAGGAGCAGCUGAUCUCUUUUCUGCAUAGGUUUUCUGGAGACCUUAAUAACAAACUUGUCUAGGUUGUCUAAUAUUUUCGGGUUAUAUUUAUUAUAUAAGGCCAUUUUUUUGUAAUUUUUGAAUUUUCUACAUAAAAUUCCAAUCAUUAGGAAGUUGUUUUUUUUAUCAAAAAUGCUUUUAUUAAAACAGUUAAGUAAAAUCUGAA